AUGCUGCAGAGCCCCACUGAUGUGGCGCUGCGGCAGAAGAAAUUUGAAGAGGAGAUGGCCAGAGCAUGCGAUGACCCUCAGGCUCCAGUGACAAUGGGGGGUAUGAAAGCGCUCUUUGAUUCGUACAUUGCCCCAGUCGCAGAGUCAGUUCAACGCUUGAGCCAGGAUUUGCAAGACUUCCGGCAAAAAAAGGACACUGGUAUGGAAAAUAUCCGGGACGAGACGACGCAACUCCGGGAGGACGUGGACAUCCUGCUCAAUGACUUCUCGACGUUGGACCAGCAGGUUGAGGACGACAUCCUGCCGCGCAUCGCCGACAUCGAGAAGGGCAUCGCCGAGAUUAAGAUGCAUGAUGAACAGUUCAAGGGCAUGUUGUUCUCGGAGUUCCAGUCCUGGAAAGCAUCUCAGGACGCCCUCCCGGUCCUCCCAGAGGCGUGCGGCAGGCAGAGCCCUCGGGAGGGCAACCGCUGGGCACGGUGCAGCACGGAUGCCCCCAUCGAGCAACGUGCCAUUACGUCAUUGCUUCUCGGCCUCCGCUACCUGCUCACGCAGUGGGGCUUCGACAAAGAGUUCCUGAAGGUCGACGACGACGCCGGGGUAAUCAAAGCUGGGGGAAAAGGAAUACCUCAAGUCAAAGUUGUGGAACAGGAGCUCAAAUUGGAUUGGCUGGAUCCCUCGUGGGAGACGUGGGGGGAGUUUCAAAAGUCACCAGAAUGGAAAGAACCACAGCAGAAGAUCACCGACAG